UGAUGUGUCCCGUCAUGCAGCGCGGCCGGGUUCUCCCCCCAUCGCUCGUCGGAUCCAGGGAGAGAGAGAGAGCAGUAAUGGCGGCCGGUUAGAUCCACACACCGACAGCGCGUCCGCAACCAGCCGCACUCACCGCAGCCCUCCGGGGGCAGCAAGCCUCACACACCGCGGCGGAGCUUGCGCUACUGAUACGGAGCGGAGACACGGGCUUCAGCGGGGACGGGAAUCUGUAAGUGGAUCGCUGCUGCCUGGGACUUCCCUUCUACUUUUCAAAAAAAAAAAAAAAAAAUCAGAGCUAUUAUAAAAAAAAAAACAUGGAUGAGCACCCCGGCGGAGGAGGAGGGGUCGGAGCGGGCGCUCCACGACAGCCUCCGCCGCAGCAGCAGCAGCAACAGCAGCCGGGGAGCAACAGCAGCGCUAAUCCGCCGAUUGGAGGUGGUGGAGGAGGCGGCAGUGGGGGAGUCAUGGUGCCGCACCAGCCGGACGAGCUGCCCCGGCCGCAGCAGCAGUACACUAUCCCCGGCAUCCUGCACUACAUCCAGCACGAAUGGGCCCGGUUCGAGAUGGAGAGGGCGCACUGGGAGGUGGAGAGGGCCGAGCUCCAGGCGAGGAUAGCGUUCCUCCAGGGAGAGAGGAAAGGUCAGGAGAACCUGAAGAACGACCUGGUUAGAAGAAUAAAAAUGUUAGAAUACGCCCUGAAGCAGGAAAGAGCAAAGUAUCACAAGUUAAAAUACGGGACCGAGUUAAACCAGGGGGAGAUGAAGAUGCCGAGCUUUGAAUCAGACACCAAAGACUCUGAGGUCUCUGCUGUUCCUGCCAACAGUCAGCUCACCUGGAAACAAGGAAGACAACUACUCAGACAGUACCUGCAGGAGGUCGGAUACACAGACACCAUCCUGGACGUUCGUACUCAGAGGGUUCGCUCUCUGCUCGGCCUGUCGGGCUCCGAGCAGAACGGCUCUGUGGAGAACAAGAACCUGCAGCACCUGAUCAACGGGACGGAGCGCCGCAAGGACAGCAAGAGGAGUCCAGGCGACGUUCUGGAGACGUUUAACUUCCUGGAGAACGCAGAGGACAGCGACGAAGACGAGGACGAGGAGGGAGACCUGAUGGACGACAUCAGCACCGACAAACACCACCGAGCCAAGAAACACAAGACCAAGGUCGGGAACGAGGGCUUGGCGUCGGAGGACGACGCCGACACGGAGGAGGCGCUCAAGGAGUUUGACUUCCUGGUGACGGCCGAGGACGGAGAGGGAGCCGGCGAAGCUCGGAGCUCCGGAGACGGGACGGAGUGGGCCGAGCCUCUGCCAUUUCCUACUGGAGGGGGGAAGUCCUUCCUGCUGGGGGGGUCGGACGACGUGUUGGAGAGCGUGCUGGGUUUGGGCGACCUCGCUGACCUCACCGUCACAAACGACGAAACAGACUACAGCUACGAUCUGCCAUCCAGUAAGGAGUCUUCGUUCAGGAAGACGUGGAACCCGAAGUACACGCUGCGGAGCCACUUUGACGGCGUCCGAGCGCUGGCCUUCCACCCCGUCGAGCCCUGCCUGGUCACCGUGUCCGAGGACCACACCCUCAAACUGUGGAACCUCACCAAGACCGUCCCUGCCAAAAAAAGUGCCUCUUUUGAUGUGGAGCCCAUCUACACAUUCAGAGCCCACGUAGGUCCCGUGCUGUCGUUGGCGAUGACGUCCAGCGGUGAACAGUGUUUCAGCGGAGGCAUCGACUCCACCAUCCAGUGGUGGAACAUCCCCAGCUCCAAUGUCGACCCCUACGACACCUAUGAUCCCAGCGUCCUUGCUGGCUCGUGGGCGGGGCAUACGGACGCGGUGUGGGGAUUGGCCUACAGCGGCAUCAAGAACCGCCUCCUGUCCUGCUCUGCAGACGGAACGGUCAAACUGUGGAACCCGACGGAGAAGAACCCCUGCAUCUGCACUUUCAACACAAACAAAGAGCAUGGGAUCCCCACGUCGGUGGACUUUAACGGUUGUGACCCCGCCCACAUGGUGGCGUCCUUUAACAGCGGAGACGUGGUGGUGUACGACCUGGAGACCUCCCAGCAUGCACUGGUGCUGAAGGGGCAGGGAGACGGCACUCUCCCGGGGUCCAAUCAUAUCAAUAAGGUGGUGAGUCAUCCCACGCUGCCCGUCACCAUCACCGCUCAUGAAGACAGACACAUCAAAUUCUACGAUAACAAGUCAGGUAAAGUGAUCCACGCCAUGGUGGCUCACCUGGACGCAGUGACCAGUCUGGCUGUGGAUCCUAACGGGAUCUACCUGAUGUCUGGCAGUCACGACUGCUCUCUGCGUCUGUGGAACCUCGACAGUAAAACGUGCGUUCAGGAGAUCACCGCUCACCGCAAGAAGAGCGAGGAGGCCAUCUACGACGUGGCCUUCCACCCCUCCAAGGCCUACAUCGCCUCCGCCGGAGCCGACGCCCUCGCCAGGGUCUACGUCUAGACGAGGAGGAGGAGGAGGAAGCAGACGGCCAGGGGGCGAGAGACUCAGACAGACACAGGGAGAGAGAGAGGCUAGUCUGUUCACACACACAAAGGAUUCAGGUCUGUUCAGGUCUCUGAACACAGAAUAUAUAUUAAUGAAAGACUGGAGGUGAUGAGGAUCUCCACUGGACGACUGAACACACACACACACACACACACACACACACACACACAGUUUAAGUUAAGGCGGAGCGUUGGCGUCUCCCUCCGAGCGACUGAAGAGACUGAGAGACGUUCAGCAGCAGAAACGUUGUGGAAACGUUGUUUAAACCUGCGGGUCGACACACAGCAGCUCACCUGCAGCUCACCUGUCCUGUGAUGUCAUCUCUCACCCUCCCCCUGCUGUCUGCAGGGUCCUGAACAUAGCUCUGAUGACACUACAUGAAGCCCCGCCCCCCCUCCUCCCUUGUGUUUUAACACUAGUUCAACGUCCUGCAGCUCAGACGGCAGCAGACGCUGCAGUUAAAGGAAAAAUCCGUCAUGUUUGAUCCUCUGA